CUGUCAUAAUAACAGAAACAGAAUGACAUUUCUUCUGGAUAAACCCAGCAUGUGGCCCAAUAGCAGCUCCUAUUCCUUCUUGUUGACUGGUUUUCCAGGAUUGGAGGCAGCUCAUCACUGGAUUUCCACACCCUUCUUUUUCAUCUAUAGCUCUGUCGUUUUGGGCAACAGCACUCUCCUCUUUCUCAUUAAAAAAGAUCGUAAUCUUCAUGAGCCCAUGUACUUCUUCCUGGCCAUGCUGGCAGCUACAGACCUGGGAAUGACCCUGACCACGAUGCCCACGGUGCUGGGAGUUCUCUGGUUGGAUCAUAGGGAGAUUAGAAGUGAAGCCUGCUUUUCUCAAGCUUACUUUAUCCACUCACUUUCCUUUGUUGAAUCUGGUAUCUUGCUUGCCAUGGCCUAUGACCGUUUUAUCGCCAUCUGCAACCCUCUUAGAUACACCUCCAUACUCACCAAUACUCGAGUGGUGAAGAUCGGGCUGGGAGUUCUGAUGAGGGGAUUUGUAUCUGUUGUCCCUCCAAUCACACCCCUCUAUUUUUUCCCCUAUUGCCAUUCCCAUGUCCUUUCACAUGCAUUCUGCCUUCACCAAGAUGUCAUCAAAUUGGCCUGUGCUGAUAUCACCUUCAAUCGACUGUACCCAGUUGUGCUUGUGGCCCUUAUAUUCUUCCUGGAUUCUCUGUUUAUUCUCAUCUCCUAUGUGUUGAUACUCAAAGGUGUGCUGAGCAUUGCCUCCAGAGAGGAGAGGGCAAAGGCCCUCAACACCUGUGUCUCUCAUGUCUGUUGUGUCCUGGUUUUCUAUGUCACGGUGAUUGGAUUGUCUCUGAUUCAUCGGUUCGGAAAGCAGCUUCCACAUAUUGUCCACCUCAUUAUGAGCUAUGUCUAUUUUCUGUUUCCUCCACUAAUGAAUCCUAUAAUAUACAGUAUCAAGACGAAGAAGAUCCAGAAUGGCAUUCUUUACCUUUUUACUACUUACAAAGUUGGAACCUGAUCUCUGACCAUCACAGUUUCUCUUCCAGAAUGUGAAAACUGAUUUUUGGUGAGGGAGCAAAGAA